UGGCGCUGGGCUCAAACUCAUGGACUGUGAGAUCAUGACCUGAGCUGCAGUCAGACGCUCCUGAUCUGUUUUCUAAGAAAAAUUGGUAUGAUGUAAAAGCAUCACCUGUGUUCAGUAUGAGAAAUAUUGGAAAAACAUUAGUCACAAGAACUCAAGGAAUCAAAAUUGUAUCUGAUUGCCUAAGGGUCAUAUUUUUGAAGUGAGCCUUCUGCAGAGUGAUGAAGUUGGCAUUUAGAAAAUUUAAGCUAAUACUGAGGAUGUUCAGGGCAAAAACUGCCUGACUAAUUUCCAUGCCAUGGAUUUUACCCAUGACAAAAUGUGCUUCAUGGUCAAAAAAACGGCAAACCAUGGUUGAAACUCCUGUUGAGGUCAAGGUUGCCGAUGGUUAUUUGCUUCAUUUAGUUUGUGUUGGUUUUACCGAAACAGGCAACAAUCCAAUUCGGAAGACCUCUUAUGCUCAGUACCAACAGGUCCACCAAAUCCAGAAAAUGAUGAUGGAGGUUAUGACCUGAGGUGUGCAGACAAAUGACUUGAAAGAAGUGGUAAAUAUGUUGAUUCCAGACACCAUCAGAAAAGAUCUAAACAAGAUGAGGUUGGAGCUCUUGUUUUUGACAUUGGAUCCUAUACUGUGAGAGCUGGUUAUGCUGGUGAGGACUGUCCCAAGGUGGAUUUCCCCACAGCUAUUGGUAUGGUGGUAGAAAGAGAUGAUGGAAGCACACUGAUGGAAAUAGAUGGUGAUAAAGGCAAACAAGGCGGCCCCACCUAUUACAUAGAUACUAAUGCCCUGCGCGUUCCCAGGGAGAAUACGGAGGCCAUUUCACCACUAAAAAAUGGGAUGGUUGAAGAUUGGGAUAGUUUCCAGGCUAUUUUGGAUCAUACCUACAAAAUGCAUGUCAAGUCAGAAGCCAGCCUGCAUCCUGUUCUCAUGUCAGAAGCACCGUGGAAUACUAGAGCAAAGAGAGAGAAACUGACAGAGUUAAUGUUUGAACACUACAACAUCCCUGCAUUCUUCCUUUGCAAAACUGCAGUUUUGACAGCAUUUGCUAAUGGUCGUUCCACGGGUCUUAUUUUGGACAGUGGAGCCACUCAUACCACUGCAAUUCCAGUCCAUGAUGGCUAUGUCCUUCAGCAAGGCAUCGUGAAAUCCCCUCUUGCUGGAGACUUUAUUACUAUGCAAUGCAGAGAACUCUUCCAAGAAAUGAAUAUAGAACUGAUUCCUCCAUAUAUGAUUGCAUCAAAAGAAGCUGUUCGUGAAGGAUCUCCAGCAAAUUGGAAAAGAAAAGAGAAGUUGCCACAGGUUACAAGGUCUUGGCACAACUACAUGUGUAAUUGUGUUAUCCAGGAUUUUCAAGCUUCAGUACUUCAAGUAUCAGAUUCAACCUAUGAUGAACAAGUAGCUGCACAGAUGCCAACUGUUCAUUAUGAAUUCCCCAACGGGUACAACUGUGACUUUGGAGCAGAGCGGUUAAAGAUUCCUGAAGGGUUGUUUGACCCUUCCAACGUAAAGGGAUUAUCAGGAAAUACAAUGCUGGGAGUCAGUCACGUUGUCACUACAAGCGUUGGAAUGUGUGAUAUUGACAUCAGACCAGGUCUCUAUGGCAGUGUUAUAGUGGCUGGAGGAAACACGCUAAUACAGAGCUUUACUGACAGGUUGAAUAGAGAGCUCUCUCAGAAAACUCCCCCAAGUAUGCGGUUGAAAUUGAUUGCAAAUAAUACAACAGUAGAACGGAGGUUUAGUUCAUGGAUUGGUGGCUCCAUUCUAGCAUCUUUGGGCACCUUUCAACAGAUGUGGAUUUCCAAACAAGAAUAUGAAGAAGGAGGGAAGCAGUGUGUAGAAAGGAAAUGCCCUUGAGGAGAGUUCCCAGACCUCUGACUUCCCGUGUCACCUUAAGUUCCACAGCUUUAGUGUACUCAGGAAAAGAGUGACCAUCUUUUGUAGAAUGUUUAUACAUUUUUGCAUAUUUCAAUUUCCACUUAAAUUUUUUAAGGCUUUAACUGGCUCUAUAAAUUAAGAUAAGUUUGUGCUUUCCUUGAAAUGCACUUAUUCUUAUUACAAGCAUUUUAUAAUUUUGUAUAAAUGUCUAUUUUCUCUAAAUAUUUUGCUUUCAGUAAAAUGCUUUUCAACUCUGUUUAGUAUAUUAAUUACCAGUGAUUGGUAGAAUUGGUUUUUAUUGACUAGUAAAAUUUACUGCCUAUGCUUUUUACCUUAGGCUUGCAAAAUUAAAUAAAAGUUAUUAGCCAUUAGAAAUGUUUUGAAUUAUUGUUGUGUUGUGACUUAACUACUUUAAGUUUUACUAAAUAUAUUUAUAUUAUUUUGAGUGAAAGUACUCAUUGUUUAUUAAAAGUAAUGUCCACACCCCCUUCAUAUGCUAUUAAUAUAAUAGUAGAAAUGUUACCUGAAUUCCAAAAAUGACCUUACUGCCU